GAUAAUAUUGUUCUCUUGGAAGGAUAUGUAGCACGUGUAUCGUGUCAGUACUAUUUGUGUGAUGUAAUGAGGAGUUAUGUUUCUCUUCUAAUCUUGAUUGUAAAAAAUAUUAUUUUUGAUUAAUUAGUGUUUCUAUUGUGUCUUCAUUAUGUAACGGACGUCUGAAUUGAUUUAUGGCUAACACACGUGAGAAAGCAAACUCAUGUAUAUAUGUAUAUAUAUUGCAUCACAAUUUUCAGAAUUUAUGCAAUCUGAGAAUGGAAUCUUAACAUAAAAUUAUAAGCACUAUCGUAUUUAGCUAACAUAAGAUAAUGAUUACGUGACAAAAUCUAUGAAUAUAAAAAGAUUUAAAAGAAUUUCCGUAAUAUAAUUUUAUUAUAAAAUAAACAACAAUUAUGGAAAACGAGUUAAGACUAAACGAAAAUGAAACCGGCAAAAAAUGGAAAAAAUUCUUCGAAUGGAUAAAAGAUGUAUCGGUGGAACCAACAAUGUGGCUGUUCAUGAUGGCCUUUAUGAUCACAUCGGUAGUGGAACAAGCUUUUUUUGUUUAUAAAUCUUGUCGAGUUGAUCAUGGUUAUUCGGAAAAAAUUUGUUCGAAUCUAAACGACAAUGAAACUAUAAAAACUGCAGUACAGCUUACAGUUUCAAAUUUUCAUCAAUGGAAUAAUAUAGCAGGCCAUGUAGUUCCUAUAAUAUUAGCCUUUUUUUAUGGUAACUGGAGUGAUCGUCGAGGUAGAAAAUUACCAUUAAUAAUGGGACUAUUAGGAAAAUUCAUUUAUUCUUUUAUGAUUGUGAUCAAUUCCAUGAUGGACACAUGGAAUCUAAAUACUGUUGUAUAUUUUGCAACUCUCCCCAUGGGAAUGUUGGGAGGAGAUGUGGUUAUUUUUGGAAGUUGUUUCGCAUAUAUAUCAGAUAUAACAUCUAUUCAACAAAGAACUCUAAGAAUUACUAUUUUAGAUGUGAUUUACCUUAGUACUAUGCCAACUGGUGUGGCUUUGGGUUCCUAUAUCUAUUCUAAUGUGGUCAACAAAUCCUACACAAUCAUGUUUAUCAUAAAUGCUACUCUUCUAUUUCUAGCUAUUUUAUAUUCGUUGAUUAAGCUAAAGUGGCAAACAUUGCCUCAGCAACAAGUACUAAUGGGUACUAAUCUAUUAACUGAUUUUUUUGAUAAAAAACAUAUAAUAGCAACCAUAAAAACAAUAAUAAAGACUAGGCCAAAUCAUGGAAAACUUCACUUGUUAUUUCUAUUAAUCAUUAUGAUGUUAUAUGUUUUCCAAAGAGAUGAAAAACCUAUGAGUUUUCUAUAUGCUCAAUUAAAAUUUAAGUGGGAUGUGAACACAUAUAGCAAUUUUAAAACAUUCCAAUCAAGUACUUUUGUCUUAGCAAUGUUAAUCGGCGUACCAAUUAUGAGUAAAGUAAUGAAAAUCAGAGAUACUAUAAUCGUUGCUAUUGGAGCUAUUUCUCAUGCUUCUGGAAGAAUAAUAUUUGCAUUGGCAAAAAUACCAGAAUUAUUCUAUGUUGGUGCUGGAGUAGCUGCAUUAGGACCAAUAGUAGCACCAGUUUUAAGAUCAAUGACAUCAAAACUUGUAACAAUAGAAGAACGAGGAAAAAUAUUUGCCAUUCUAUCAGUCUGUGAUAAUGCAGUACCUUUAUUCAGCAGCAUAUUAUAUUCUCAACUAUAUAAUGCAACCAUAAAUUCAGCACCUAGCUCAAUUUACUGGCUAACUUUUACCACUCAAAUAUUUGUUCUAUUUCUUAUUUUAAUAAUUCACUUUUCUAUAAAAAAUAGAAAUGAUCAAUAUAUAGAUGAUGAAAUUAGCAAUUAACCUGGAUCUACUAUAUA